GCUCAGCAUGGUUCGUACCGCCACUCCCCGCGGCGGUGGAGCCAUGGCCUGGGAGCCGCAGAUUAGAAGGCAGCGUGGAGGACGGGUCGCGUGGCUUUGUGCCCUGGGGGUGACCGUGUUGGUCCUCAGCUGGCAGGCUAUGGCGGAAGCACAGACGAUUUUCAGCCUGAGCUACUGGCGCUUUUCAAAGGCGAAGAGCGAUGCUUUCGCCAGCGCUGAAGGUGCGAUGUUGAGGUCUAGCUCUCGCGACGCAUCUGCAGUGGCGAUGGAAGGUGGCAAUCGCCGCCAGAGGAAACGGAACUUGCCCAAGAAGUGUCACCCCAAAUUCCAGGAGGAGCGCUACAAGAAGUGGGCGACCGAUGUGCCAGCCUUUGCCCAGCGGCUCUUCUUCUGCCCGGAGGCGACCUUGGCCGAUUGGUCCCAUACCUUGAAAUUGAACUUCCCCGACGGUGAGGAUGAUGCAGUCACGGAAGAGGAGGUCAUGGAGUACUUCACUACAAAGGAGUACCAGCCAGAGGCUGUCAUCGUCGGACAUCAGAUGCCUCAUGAAGAGGUCAAGCACACCUAUGUCCACUUCAGCUGUAAUGCGGACGCGAAGAAAGCGCGGAAAGAGAAGGAUGGAGGACAAAUUGGCAAGGCCUCAGAGGUCAAGCUCGUGUUCACGGAUGAGAAGAAGUGGAUCCGCUUGCGCGACGGUGUGAGCCUGGCGGGCGGCUGGUGGGGUCCGCGUGCACGAUGGAUGAAGGCCUACGGCACCGAUGCAUACAAAGGCUAUCGACCGGAUGAACCUGCAGUGCCCACCGGUGUGCGCAACCACUGGUACUACCCAGAAGAGUGAAGCUGAAGAUCGACCUGGACAGCCGACGAUUUGACACUGAAAAAGAGGUGAUCGUUCUUGACAUCAGUG